CGCGCGAGUCGAGACGAGAUAAGCAUAAUAGCUCAGCGGCUCUCUGGCCACUACCUUCUUGCGACUUCCGGCGCAUCCUCGCCGGCGUAAUCCCGCUCCCCGCACUACCGCCAUUCCCCUACAACAUGUCGACCCGCACGAGACGGAACGUCCCGGCUACGCCGCGAGUUAUCUCUCCGAGCCCGACGCCGUCAGAAAGAGACGGGAGCGCUCCUGAGUCCUCGUCAUACUAUGGCCCGACCACGCGAUCAGCCGCGCGGAGGCGGCUAGCGGCUACCCCUCAGCCCGCGCCGGAAGAACUCGACGAGGAGGACAGCCCGGACCUCCGGAGGGCCAGAAGCCGCAGCCGCAGCCCGAUUGACACACAAACCCUUCGCAAGCUCACAACAAAGAAGUCCACGAAGGGUGGCGCCAACGGUACCAAGAUCGCGACAGCCGGGCCGACGACAAACGGACACAUCCCCGAAGAAGCAAAGGCAGACGGCGCAGCAAACGGAAACGGUCACCUAUCCCUGCCAACGCCCUCCUCCUCCUACUACUACUACGGAUGGCCGAGCUGGCGCGACUUCAGCCGCAGCCCGAGCCCACUCGGCCUGAUCCCGAUCCACCGGCACUGGCGCACCUUUGUGCACAAGCACGAGGUGCCGCGCAAGGCGCUGCACGUCUCGAUCGGCUUCUUCGUCGUGUGGCUCUACCUGUCCGGCACGCAGACCCGCGCCGUGUGCCCCUACCUGAUGGGCGCGCUGGUGCCCAUCGCGGCCGUCGACGUGCUGCGCCACCACUACGCGCCCUUCAACCGCCUCUACGUGCGCGUCCUGGGCGCGCUGAUGCGCGAGUCCGAGUUCUCGGGCUACAACGGCGUCAUCUUCUACCUGCUGGGCGCCUGGGCCGUGCUGUACCUCUUCCCCAAGGAUGUCGGCGUCAUGGGCACGCUGCUGCUCAGCUGGUGCGACACCGCCGCGAGCACGUUUGGCAGGCUGUACGGCCGGUACACGCCGCGCAUUCGCCGGGGAAAGUCGCUGGCCGGGUCGCUCGCCGCGUUUGUUGUCGGCGUGGGCACGUCGAUGUUCUUCUGGGGGUGGUUGGCGCCCACGAAGGGCCCGUUCCCGGGGGACGAGAACUUCAUGUUCACUGGGGCGCUGAGCCUGCCUCGGGCCCUGGCUGAUGCGGUCGGGCUGGAGCCGGCGAAGGCCGCGGUUUCGGGCGGGCUUGCGCUGGGCAUCAUGAGUGUCUGGUCCGGGUUGGUGGCUGCUGUCAGUGAGGCGGUGGAUGUGUUUGGGUGGGAUGACAACCUGACGAUACCCGUUCUGAGCGGUCUGGGAAUCUGGGGGUUCCUGAAGGUUUUUGGUUGAGGGGUGGGUGCAAAAAACGAGACGACGGAGACAAAUAUGGCCGAUGACCGUGAUACGUAAUGACCGGCAUGGGCUGGACGUGUAUGUUUAUCAGGUGCAUGGGGUGGCGUUUUGGAAGGCAGGGAAGGGAAGUGGACGGAGGUCGGUUUUUGCGGUGCGGUCGGGUGUGGUACAAUCUGGGCGGAUCU